AUGUCGAACAAGCCUAUUUUUGUGGCGACGCAUCCGCGUGCCUGUUCUACGGCCUUUGAGCGGGUCUUCAUGACUCAGCGGGCAACGAUCCAGUGUGUCCAUGAACCGUUCGGCGACGCCUUCUAUUACGGUCCGGAGCGUCUGUCCGACCGAUUCGAAAACGACGAGCAGGCUCGUAUCGAUAGCGGAUUCAGCCAGUCGACGUAUCUCACCGUAUUGGAGAGAAUUGAACGUGAAGCUUCAGAGGGAAAGAGAGUCUUCAUCAAGGACAUCGACCACUACCUUCUUCCGCCGAAUGCCAAGCCCGCCAGUGUUGCUCCCUCGCUCCGACGUAUCAAGCGCGGCGUGGGAACCAACGGGGAUGAGCACCAUGCCAAUGGCGUGAACGGUACCAACGGUACUGCUCAUGCCAACGGCCACACCGCGACCAACGGUGUCAGCAAUGGCACCAAUGGCACGGUGAACGGCUCUGCCAACGGUGUCAACGGCCACACUAACGGCCACACCAACGGCACAGCCACCAACGGGCACGCUGUGAACGGCACCAACGGUGUCCACAAGCCCUACCCGUACAACACGCCCGCCGAGCCCGGCAACCCGACGGUGAUGCCUCGUGAGAUCCAGGAGCGAUUCCAUUUCGCAUUCCUGAUCCGCGAUCCGCACUUCAGCGUGCCGUCGUACUACCGGUGCACGAUCCCACCUUUGGACGAGGUCACAGGGUUCUAUAACUAUGACCCCUCCGAGGCCGGGUACGACGAGCUGCGUCGGCACUUCGACUACCUUCGACACGAGGGAUUGGUCGGACCCCGUGUGGCGACCCGGCCAGACCUGCAUCUGGAAGAUGAGUCGAAGAACAAGGAGACAAUCCAUGAGAUCUGUGUAAUCGAUGCGGAUGACAUGCUGGAUAACCCGCCGUCGACGAUCGAGGCGUUCUGUCGUAGUGUCGGUCUGCCGUAUUCUCCUGAACUGCUGAAGUGGGAUACCCCGGAAGAUUAUGAAUUUGCCUGCUUCUGCUUCGAGAAGUGGCGUGGAUUCCACAAUGAUGCCAUCGAAUCCUCGGGUCUAGUGGCGAGGCAACAUAAGAAACCCGCCAAGACCGAAGAGGAGUACGACGCCGAGUGGACGAAGAAGUAUGGCUCCGAGGGAGCAGCUCUCAUCCGCCAGGCCGUCGACGCCAACAUGGCCGACUACCUCUACCUGAAGCAGUUUGCCGUAAAGGUCUAA